UGUAAUGUUUAGAUGUUUACAUUAUUUCUUUCAGGCACGAAUUGCAGACAAUUCGGUCAAAACAGCGGUUCAAUUUUGUAAUGGCACCAUUGAUAUCAGAUAUUCCUCCUCAGCCAAAAACAGCCUCAGAGAAAGAAGUGUUUGAAAACCUAUGGUCGAUACGACCAUGCUUUGUGUACAGUGAAGAAUAUGACGAUUGCACAAGUAUCAAGGGUCGAUUUCACCAGUAUUUCAUCCAUGGCCAAAGCAUCGACUGUACCCAGUGGAAACGAGAUUUCGACAACUGCGUUCGAUUUGAGAAGAAUCCUAGCGAUUCGAAGAGUGCGCUUCAGUUGAUCGAAAGUGAACGCCUGCGGCGAACAGAGCGGUUAGAAGCACACUAUCGGAACGAUGUGUGGAAGAAAAGAGAUCAGGCACCUGAAGAUUGGGCUAAACCCUUGCCUGAAUGCAUGCAGAAAGAGUAUGAGCAGUCCUAUCUGGCAGUGAAAGCACAGGAGCUUCAAGGAAAAAAGAUACCUUCUAACGAUAGCGAACGGUCAUUUUGUGUAAUAAUGUAGAAUGUAGUUAUUCGAGAAAUACAUGAAUUGUUAGCUUUGAAAUUACAGAA